CGGAGAAGGAGGCCCGCGCCGCCGACGACGGAACAACUACGACGACAUUGUGUUGUCCUCCCCUUCUUCACUUGUCUUUUUCACGUGUGUCCGCGUGAGCACUUGGUGUGCUCAUCGACGAAGACAAGCUUCGAACUGUAUCACAAAGUUGACUUCGAGCUGGCGUCAUGGCCGACGGUGAGACCAAGGAGUUUGAUUUCGGUAAAGAUCAUGUCAUACUCAUGACUGACGCAGAUGCGAGCGCUGAAUCCAAGUACAAGCUCCCAGAACGGGAUGUCGACGACAACGAGCCGCGAGGUUUGAUACAGCCUGACGGACAGAUCAACUGGGAGUGUCCCUGCUUGGGGGGAAUAGCUCUCGGACCUUGCGGUUUCGAGUUCCGGGAGGCUUUCGCCUGCAUGCAGCGUGCUUCAGGAGAAGAAGAGCCGAAGGGCAUGGAAUGCGUUGAAGCUUUUAGGACAAUGCGAGAAUGCAUGUCGAAAUAUCCAGCGCUUUAUGACCGCUACAUCGGUGACGACGAUGACGACGCUGCUGCAGCGGAGGCGGCUGAAGCUGAUGUAAAUACAAUCGAUGACCAAAGAGCGACGACGGAUGUUGAUCAAGGAGGAGAAGUGGGGAGUGAUAGCAGCUCGAAGAAAUCGAUUUCUUCCAUCAAGUAGUAAUCUAGCCAUUAUUAGUUGUGCGUAUAAGAUACACAUAUUCCUGAGCUCGGAUCGAGAUGAAUUUCGGUGGAAGGCUGGGGGCAGAAGAAUGCCUGGAUGGAUCCGGCGGCGGCCGAAGCCAGUUGUUUCUCCCCUGAGGCCCGAAGCAGAUCAAAAGGAGCGAUCCUGUCCCUCAAGUGCGCACUGGUAUGAAAGUUGUUCA